AUGCCGCCAAAGAGAAAGGCGGUUGAAGGUGCUAGAGGGCGAGCGUCGAAGCGUGCAACGCCGAAUCCUACUUCAACACCUCAGAGUCGGUAUAUUGAAUUAGAUGUCGUGGAGAAAUUUACUUUGCAAUCCUACAGCCAAAAGUCACAGGCUGCAAAGCAGGAUCCGCAUUUUGGAUACAAAGAUUUCUCUUCCCUUGCACUGAAGCCUGAUCAUGCGAACCGCCCUCUUUGGAUAGAGCCUCUCAAAGGGACCAUUACACUGGAGAGCUUUUCUCCAUUAGCAUCACAAGCUCAAGAUUUCUUGACAACCAUUGCUGAGCCCUUAUCACGACCCACGCAUCUCCAUGAAUACCGGCUCACAGGCAACAGUCUUUAUGCUGCUGUGUCUGUUGGACUUCUCCCUACAGAUAUCAUCAACUUCCUUGACCGGUUGUCGAAAACUCCUCUCCCCGAAUCUAUAAAAUCAUUUAUUAUCAAUUUCACGAAAUCAUAUGGAAAAAUAAAGCUGGUGCUGAAGCAUAAUAGAUUCUUCGUGGAAAGCUCUGAUACCGCUACUCUACAGAUGCUCCUGAAAGAUGAAGUUAUUGGACCACAGAGAAUAGAAUCUUCGGAAAUUACACAGCAGGCGGCCCCAAAAAUGGGAGGCUUGGUAAUUCCAGGAACCAAGGAUGCAGCUAUGAUGAAACAGGCACCAGAACAGCGUGCAGCCCAGAUGUCAGAGCGGCCUGCACAGCCAAACGAAGAUGACAUUCUAGUGAACUUGAGAGAGGAAGACGAUGACGAAGAACAAGCUCAGGUGCACAGCUUUGAAAUUCCAAAUACAGCAGUGGAGUCAGUCAAGGCUAGAUGCCAGUCUAUGGGCUGUCCAGCACUGGAGGAAUAUGAUUUCCGCAAUGAUGAAAUCAACCCAACUCUGGACAUUGACCUCAAACCCAUUGCACAAAUUCGAAGCUACCAGGAGAAGAGUUUAAGUAAAAUGUUUGGUAACGGACGAGCAAAGAGCGGGAUUAUUGUGCUUCCGUGUGGUGCUGGAAAAACGCUGGUCGGUAUUACAGCAGCAUGCACUAUCAAAAAAGGAACAAUCGUCCUCUGCACUAGUUCCAUGUCUGUUGUCCAGUGGCGGAAUGAAUUUAUCCGAUGGUCAAAUAUUGACCCGAGUGACAUCGCCAUCUUCACAUCAGACAACAAGGAGAAGUUCCGACGGAGUACAGGUGUGAUUGUAUCUACAUACUCUAUGGUUUCACAAACCCGAGCCAGAUCUCACGAUGCUGAAAAGAUGAUGGAAUGGCUGCAGUCUCGCGAGUGGGGGCUGAUGCUAUUAGACGAAGUCCACGUCGUGCCCGCCUUCAUGUUUCGAACAGUCACAUCUGCAAUUGCUACGCAAACCAAGCUUGGGCUGACAGCGACUCUUCUUCGAGAGGAUGACAAAAUUAAAGAUUUAAACUUUUUGAUUGGACCGAAGCUCUAUGAAGCAAAUUGGAUGGAGCUUGCAGAGCAAGGCCAUAUUGCCAAGGUUCAAUGCGCAGAAGUGUGGUGCCCCAUGACCACCGAGUUUUAUACUGAGUAUAUGCGUGAGAAGUCCAGGAAAGCCGCACUUUUAUAUAUCAUGAACCCCAGGAAAUUCCAGGCCUGUCAAUUCCUGAUUGACUACCACGAAAAGCGAGGUGAUAAGAUUAUUGUCUUUUCGGACAAUGUCUUUGCACUUGAACGAUAUGCUUUGAAGCUGAAGAAGGCGUACAUUUAUGGUGGAACGCCGCAGAAUGAACGUCUGCGAAUUCUUGAGAACUUCCAACAUAACGAUCAAGUGAACACGAUAUUCCUCUCCAAGAUUGGCGAUACGUCUCUCGAUCUGCCGGAAGCUACCUGUUUGAUUCAAAUAUCAUCUCACUACGGCUCUCGUCGACAGGAAGCCCAGCGGUUAGGACGUAUCCUCCGAGCUAAGCGUCGUAACGACGAAGGUUUCAAUGCCUUCUUCUACUCCCUUGUGUCAAAAGACACAGAUGAAAUGUUUUACUCUUCUAAACGUCAAGCUUUCUUGGUUGAUCAAGGCUAUGCAUUCAAGGUGAUCACCCAUCUGCAAGGGAUCGAGAAUCUCGAGGGCCUUGCGUACGCUACGGCUGAAGAGCGCCUGGCGCUACUAGCUGAUGUAACACUUCAGAACGAAACCUCCGCUGCUGUUGAAGAAAAUGCUGAUGAUUUGUUCAACGACCGGACGGCCGGAGGGAAAUCCCGUGGUAGUAAGAAGGGUGUGCGCAGGAAUGCUGCAACCCUUAGCGGGCUUGCUGGAGGAGAAGAUAUGGCUUAUAUCGAACAUAACAAGAGUCGAAAUAAGCAGUUGAAAGAACGCAGCUCGUUCUUUAAGAAAAUUGAUCGAGAUCGGGCGAAGAGGAAGAAGAUGCUAGAGCCAUAG